AUGUCAGACCCAAAAGUUGAAUCCAGCUUCAGAAAUUACCGCUUUAAAAAGAAAUUCAAAAACAACACCUUCUUCGCAGACACAGAUGCCCGGCAAUGGUCAUUUUACCGUUUCUACACUUCUAUCCUUUACUCUGGAGAUUCGCCGAAAAUAUUCAAUGAAAUUUUUGACAAGUGGAAUAUCAGUCUGAACUUCAUACGAAAGGACGACUCUACCCCGAAAUCAAUAGUAAAUUUCGUGAAAGAGCUAAUCGAAUAUAAUGAUUCCAAGGUAUUUAGAGAAUUGCGGGAGGCUUGCGAGCGGAAUUUCCACACUCACGUUCUCUCAUACAUAUCAAGUAACUCAGUAGCGAAGAGUGAAAUGACACAGGGCUAUAUGAAACAGUCGAAGGAAAUCUUGUCAGGUGAAUUACACAAGCGAUCAGCUUCCGAUUUAUCUGAAGAUGAUGAUGACCAUGAGAAUAUCGGAAAAACGAAUGGGCAAAAGCGGAAAAAAUCGCCAUUAUCAAAUAAGAGACAAAGGAGCUAUUUAUCAGAUGAUGAUGAGCUUUUAUCUUCCGAUUCUGAAAUAGUACCUGUUUCGCUCACCAAUGUUUUUCGCGAAACUUCCGAUGAGUGUUCAUAUUCUGACUCUGAUGAAUCGAAGGAUAAAAUGACCGAAUCGAGCACAUCUACAAAGCGAGUUGAAAAUAAAAGGCCAAUGACCAAAAAACGGCAAUACAUCACUCAAGAUAUUGCAAGUGAUGCUUUAAAAGCAUAUCGAAUGCGUGUUUUACCGGGUGACAAGCUUAUUUAUGAUUAUAUGGACGUGCUAGACUACAAACGAGAUGAGGCAGGGAAUAGCCCCAUAUCAAUUGGGGUGAUAAAUUUUUAUAAUACAGAUUGUUCAAAAUAUUUGCCCCUUGAUUAUAAAAAGUUUAUCGCAAAUCAACUUCAAGACAAGGAGAUAAAAGCAGUAAAUUUUACCAAGGGAAGAACAAUUGAUAAGUUUCUAGUCAAUUGCGAGGAAGGUGUCAUGCAGUUUUUAGAUAAGUUUAAACAUAUAAAAGACUUGGAAUCUUUAGGCAGAUGCCUGGGCGAAAAUUUAAUCAAUUACUCUACUGCAUCAAAUGACUUAAUUUACGUUCAGCACCUUCUCCAGCACUUUUACUUCUUAUAUAAAAAUGAUACUUUGCUCCAAGCUAUGUCCGAACAAUUAGCAUCGAUAUCCUAUAACAAACUCAAAGAAAUUCUAAACAUUGCUGGAAAGAGCGGACCAAAGCUUGAUGGAAAAGCUUUCCUUAGAUCAUUAGGCACGGAAGUCUUAGCACAAGAAGACGGGAUUCUAAGUACAUGUGGAAAGAGGAAAGGUGAUCUGAGAAAAUUAGAAUACUGUACAAAAGUAAUUCUAACAGCUUUGUAUCUUUCGCUUCCUACUUCUGCAAAGGCUAGAAUUAUAGAUAUCGAAACAUAUUGUUUACAAUCUAACGGAUUUCAACUUACUAUAUCGGCAUCAAAAUAUCUUUUCGAAGACACAAUUAUAACAAUGGACUUACAGGAUAUCGAGGUACCAAGGACUGUGGAAGCUUUCUCGAAACUUAUAACAGCUAUAAAAGUUAUUUUAUCCUGGAAAGCAAGGACAAAGAAGAAUACAGAUGUUUUUUAUGAGGUAUUAGAAGAGGGUCACGGACGCCUAAUAAAUGAGGAGCAUUUCACGCCAAAAAAAUUUUCUAUAAAUUAA